AUGAGUUCUUGUUUCGUACCAAACGGGGCCAGCCUGGAGGACUGCCACUCCAACCUCUUCUAUCUGGCUGAUCUGACGGGAAUCAAAUGGAAGCGGUACAUGUGGCAGGGUCCCACGUCGGCUCCGAUGGUGUUUCCGGUCACGGAGGAAGACCCCAUCCUCGGCAGCUUCAGCCGCUGCCUGAAGGCGGACGUGUUGAGCGUGUGGAGACGGAGCUUGCGUCUGGGCCGGCGAGAGCUCUGGCUCUUCUGGUGGGGUGACGAUCCCAACUUCUCCGAUCUCAUCCACCAUGAGCUCAUAGGGGAGGACGACGGUGUGUGGGAGAACGGCUUGUCGUAUGAGUGCCGCACACUCCUCUUCAAGGCUAUCCACAACCUGCUGGAGCGAUGUCUGAUGAGGAGGGGCUUCGUGCGCAUCGGCCGCUGGUUCGUCAAGCCAUAUGAGAAGGACGAGAAACCCAUCAACAAAAGCGAGCAUCUCUCCUGCUCCUUCACUUUCUUCCUGCACGGAGACAGCAAUGUGUGCACCAGUGUGGAGAUCAACCAGCACCAGCCUGUAUACCACCUGAGUGAGGAGCACCUCACCAUGGCUCAGCAGACCUCCAGCCCCUUCCAAGUGAUUCUGAGUCCGUUCGCCCUGAACGGCACGCUGACGGGCCAGUCCUUCAAGCUGUCGGACCCGCCCACGCAGAAGCUCAUUGAGGAAUGGAGCCAGUUCUACCCGAUCAGUCCCAGCUCCAAGGAGAGCGGUGAGGACAAGAUGGAGGACGUGGACUGGGAGGAUGACUCUCUGGCCGCCGCCGAGGUGCUCGUUGGUGGAGUGCGGAUGGUGUAUCCCGCCUGUCUGGUGUUGGUCCCCCAGUCAGAUAUCCCUACAGUAACACCUGUGGGGUCCUCGCACUGCACUGCUGUCUAUUCGGGUGGCCACCAAGUGCCUGCUUCAAACAGAGACCCUGCCAUCUCAUCUGUUACGCUCACUCCUCCCACUUCUCCAGAAGAGGCUCAGACCGUUGACUCCCACUCGGCGCAGAAAUGGAUGCGGUUGCCGUCGGCGAUGGACAGCUUCAGCCUGGACAGCACGAGUCACCACGGUGGCAAGAUUCCGCGCAGGAUGGCCAGCCAGGUGGUGGAGCGCGUCUGGCAAGAAUGCAACAUCACUCGAGCACUGAACAAGCGGAAGUUCUCUGCCACUACUAACGGCACCAGUGAUGAGGAGACACUGGAGAAAGUCAGCUCGUGGGAUUUUGUGGACUCGACACAGAGGACAGCGUGCAUCUGCUCAAGACACAAAGCCCCAAAACAGCGGGUGGGCGGAGCUCCCGGACAGGCCGCCUCCGCCGGGCAGGUUCAGCCGCCGCCCACCAAGCACAAAGCGGGCGAGAAACCCGAGAAGGGUGACAAGCUGCAGAAACGCCCACAAACGCCCUUCCACCACCGGAGCUCUGUCAGCGAGGAUGUCUCCAUAGAAACAGAAGCCUCGGCAGGCCAGCGACUGGCCCUCAGAAGUCAGGAGGGUGGGCGCUUCGCCGGGCUUCGCCCUUCCGACGUCUGUCCUGUGGCCAAGCCACCGGCGCUGAUUGGUGGCGGCGGCGGAGGGGGUGGAGUCGGCGGCCCGGCAGAAAUGGUGGGCUCCCCUCAGCCUCCGCCCCUCAGCCCGCACCCCUGCGACCGUGGUGAGGAAACCCCAGACGCCUUGAAGAACCCCUCCACGCCCCACAGCCAACACUUCUAUCCUCCUUCCUCCGAGCCCUGCCUCCUGCCCCAGAAAGGUCCGGAGGACACGCGUGUGGAUCCCCUGCCCCCACCCUUCCACGCCGCCUACCCAGAGACCUUGGAGCCGACGCUGUAUGUCGGGGCAGCGGUGAGUCUGGAGGACGACGGGAGUCACACUCCCUGGAGGUUCUUCAACCUCCCCCGGAGGAAAGAUCUGGAGUUCCCCACGCCCGCCCUGCCUUCAGACAAGCUCCGAGAAGAGGCCUCGCUCGGAACCGAUGGGAACAUGUCCGUCACCGAGCUCAUGGUGACGGCCACGCGCCCUCUCAAGGUGUCACAGGAGCGCGUUCAGACCUACCUGCAGCGGCGGAACCAGCACCUGGCUGCCGCCAUUGCCGACGGCGACCACGAGCCCGAGGUAGACCCCUAUGCCUUUGUAGACGGGGACGUCAAGUUCACCUUCUCCGACAAGAAGGACAAAGCUAUUGGGGACAAGGAGCCUGGCAAGAAACACAAGGGGGAGGAUGGAGGUCCUUGUUCUUCAGACGAUGCUCAGCGGGGUGCAGCCCAUAAAAGUGGUGCCUCCACCAGCCUGAUUCAUGACUCAGACCUGGCGGUCUCCAUCAAAGAUCUGGACAACAUCUUCAACUCUGACGAAGACGAACAAACGCCUGGUGGCAGGAGAGCAGCUAAUGGAACAGACGAGAAGUUUGGCACCAAGGACCCCAAGCCAGCCACCCUGGACGCCGUGUCGUGCAUCAGUUCUGCAGACCUUCACCAGAUGUUCCCCACGCCUCCAUCCCUGGAGCAGCACAUCAUGGGUUACUCGCCCAUGAACGUGGGCAGUAAGGAGUACGGCAGCGUGGAGGCUGGCCCUGGUCUCAACUCUCUGGACGGGCCGUCCACGCUGGCCGGGCACUUUAAGAUCGAGGUGGAAGAGAGCUUCUGCAGUCCCAAACCGUCCGAGGUCAAGGACUUCUCGUUCGUGUAUAAGCCCGAGCUGUGUCAGGCCUUUGUGGGCUGCUCCAUGUUCGCCCCGUUGAAAACACUCCCUAGCCAGUGCCUGGCCCCCAUCAAGCUGCCCGAGGAUUGCGUGUACCGACCCAGCUGGACCCUGGGCAAGCUGGAACUUCUGAACCCCGUAGCUUCCAUGAGCUUCAACAGGGACAGUAACAUCCCCAGUGUGGGCAGUGCUGUGGAGCCGGACUACAGCCAAUCUUACACCCCCCAGACCCACACGCCCUUCAUAUCCAACAGCGCCCCUCCCAGCAACAGCGGCGCGGGCAUCCUGCCCUCGCCUGCCACCCCUCGUUUCUCUGCCCCCACGCCGCGCACGCCCCGCACCCCGCGCACGCCCCGCGGGCCCGCUAGCGUCCAGGGCUCGCUGAAGUACGAGAGCUCAGACCUGUACUCGCCGGCGUCCACGCCGUCCACUUGCCGCCCGCUCAACUCGGUGGAGCCGGCCACGGUGCCCCCGAUUCCCGAGGCCCACAGUCUUUACGUCACGCUCAUCCUGUCCGAGUCGGUCAUGAACCUCUUCAAGGACUGCAACUUCGACAGCUGCUGCAUCUGCGUGUGCAACAUGAACAUCAAGGGCGCCGACGUGGGCGUGUACGUCAGCGACCCCAACAUGGAGGCCCAGUACCCGUGCGGCUGCGGCUUCAGCGCCGUCGUCAACCGCCGCUACGGCAACGGCUCGGGCCUCUUCCUGGAAGACGAGCUGGACAUCAUUGGGCGGGGCUCCGACGUGAGCCGCGAGGCGGAGAAGCGCUUUGAGGUGCUGAGGAACUCCUCGCUGGAGAAGCUCGGCGGAACGGCGAGGGACCGCGUCCCCGACGAGCUGGUCCUUCUUCUGCAGGACCAAUGCACCAAUCCCUUCUCGCCGGUGGUGGGCGUGGAUCCGGAGACAGGGGCCUCCAGGACAGCAGGGGGUGCUGGUGUCCCGCCCUGCGUGCGCGUUGAAGAGAGGGACUUCCACAACGACUGCUAUCAGGCCCUGGAGCACGGGAGGCAGUUUAUGGACAACAUGUCGGGGGGAAAAGUGGAUGAGACGGUGGUGAAAAGCAGCUGCCUGCAUCCCUGGGCCAAACACAAUGCUGUGGACGUGAGUGCUCUGUGCUCCCAGGACGUGCUGAGGGUGCUCCUCUCCCUGCAGCCUGUGUUGCAGGACACCAUCCAGAAGAAGAGGACCGUGCGCUCCUGGGGCGUCCAGGGUCCUCUCACCUGGCAGCAGUUCCACAAGAUGGCUGGACGAGGCUCCUACGGCACGGACGAGUCCCCAGAGCCUCUGCCCAUUCCCACCUUCCUGGUGGGGUACGAGUACGACUUUGUGGUGCUGUCUCCCUUUGGUUUGCCGUACUGGGAGAAACUCCUGCUGGAACCCUUCGGCUCUCAGAGAGACGUGGGCUACCUGGUGCUCUGUCCAGAGAACGACGCGUUGCUCAGCGGAGCAAGGACUUUCUUCAGGGAGCUAACAGCUGUUUACGAGUCUUGUAAGCUAGGUCAGCAUCGGCCAAUCUCCAAAGUGCAUGCGGACGGAAUUGUAAGAGUAGGUGGAGCUGCUGCCAAGAAAUUGUCAGAGCAGCCGGUUUCCGAUUGGUUCCUGAAGGCGGCCAAUGGUAGCAGUGAAGCCUUCACCAAGCUUAAGCUGUUCGCCCAAGUGUGCAGGCAUGAUCUGGCUCCUUACCUCGCUGCGCAGCCAUUGGACAGCUCCUUGCUCACUCAACCAAGUCCCCCCCCUUCCACCACACAGUCCACGCCCACACAGUCCUCAGGCUUGACCUCCUCUUCUAACACCCAGUCGUCAUUGGCCUCUGGAGGUCCCUCCCUCAACAACAACGCUGCCCCUGGCAACGGUGGGCCCGGGUUACCAGGCAGCACCAGUAGCACGCCUUCCUCAGGCCCGCAGAGUGGCAGUAUGCAGCCUACCAAGCCGACUUCCUUUCCUCCCUUUGGGACGAUGGGAGCCCAGAGCAGCGGCUCCCAGUCUGGGGCUUUGGGCCAGCAGGCUGGCGCCCAAAACUCCAGCCUCUCCGGAGACAGCUCGUUCAGCUCCAGCCAGACUCAGGGCCCUUCCGAACCGCCGGAGAGCACCAUGGAGAGGGACAAGGUUGGAGUUCCCACGGACGGCGAGUCGCACGCGGUCACGUACCCGCCUGCCAUCAUGGUCUACAUGGUGGACCCAUUCUCCUAUGAGGACGCGGACGUGGGCACGGCUCACUCCAGCGCCUGGACGCUCGCUCUGCUACGCUGCUACCUGGAGAUGCUGCAGCUGCUCCCCGCACACAUGCGCAGCUCCGUCUCAGUGCAGAUCAUCCCGUGUCAGUACCUCCUACAGCCAGUCAAGAGUGAGGAGAGGCAGCUCUACGCUCAGCACCUGAAAUCGCUGGCCUUCUCUGUCUUCUCCCAGUGCCGGCGGCCCCUCCCAGCCUCCACCAACGUUAAAUCGCUCACAGGCUUCGGGCCAGGCCUCGCACUCGACAGCGCCCUCAAGAGCCCAGAGAGGCCAGAGUGUCUGCGCAUGUACACGCCCCCCUUCAUCCUGGCACCGGUGAAGGACAAGCAGACAGAGCUGGGUGAGACGUUUGGCGAGGCGUCUCAGAAAUACAAUGUGCUGUUCGUGGGCUACUGCCUGUCACAUGACCAGACGUGGCUGCUGGCCACAUGCACUGACAUGUACGGAGAACUGCUGGAGACCUCCAUCAUCAGCAUCGACGUCCCCAACAGAGCGAGGAGGAAAAAAGGCUCGGCUCGGCGACUGGGUCUACAGAAGCUGUGGGAGUGGUGCCUGGGCUUGGUGCAGAUGACAUCAGUGCCGUGGAGAGUCGUGAUUGGUCGGCUUGGGCGGAUAGGUCACGGAGAGCUGCGAGACUGGAGUAUAUUAUUAAGCAGGAGGAAUCUGCAGUCCCUGAGCAGACGCCUGAAGGACAUGUGCAGGAUGUGUGGCAUCUCUGCUGCAGACACUCCUGGCAUCCUCAGCGCGUGCCUGGUCGCCCUGGAGCCACAGGGCUCGUUCGUCAUCAUGCCAGACUCCGUGUCCACCGGCUCCGUGUUUGGACGCAGCACUACCCUGAACAUGCAGACGUCCCAGCUGAGCACCCCUCAGGACACGUCCUGCACCCACAUCCUGGUGUUCCCCACCUCCGCCUUUGUCCAGGUCAACAGCUCCAGCUACACCCCUGAGGACAUCGCCUUCAACCCCAUCAACGACGGAUCAGAUCCGAUCGGAGGCAUCUUUGAACUGUUGGAACAGGACAAUGAUCUGGUUGACCCCGACAUCAUCAAUAUUCUCCCUGCAUCUCCGACCACCUCUCCUGUCCACUCUCCGGGGUCGCAGUAUCCCCACGGGGGCGACGGCAUCAAGGGACAGAGUACGGAUCGGAUGGAGUCUCACGACGAAGCUCCUAACAUCCUGCAGCAGCCUUUGGCCCUCGGCUACUUUGUGUCCACGGCUAAGGCAGGCCCACUGCCAGACUGGUUCUGGUCAGCCUGUCCGCAAGCGCAGAACCAGUGCCCUCUGUUCUUAAAGGCCUCUCUGCACCUCCAUGUUUCUUCAGUGCAGUCUGAUGAGCUAUUACAUGGCAAACACUCUCACCCACUGGACUCCAAUCAAACAUCAGACGUGCUCAGGUUUGUGUUGGAGCAGUAUAACGCCCUCUCCUGGCUGACCUGUGACCCUGCGACCCAGGAUCGGCGCUCUUGUCUACCUGUUCACUUUGUGGUGCUGAACCAGCUCUACAACUUCAUCAUGAACAUGCUGUAAGGCGAGCGGAGCCGGAGCGGAGAGUGGGACGUGGUAGGAGGAAGAGGUGCUCCUGUGGAGUCCAAACCCAGUCCGGCACUACACGGCUUGCACCGCUGUUGUGCAGUCCAGCCGUGGCGGUCCUGACGUUUGCGGGCCGGCGCUACGGAGAAGGCCAACGAAGAAAGGAGAACAGGGUGUUGAUUGUUGGGGUGGGGGUGUGGGAGUCAGGGGUGGGUUCAGAGAGGAGCAAGCUGAAGGAACCAGAAGCAUGGAAGUACUGUAGCUGCCUGAUGUCCUUGUGCUCUACCAUGGCCAUAUUUGGGCCCAUGGUACUGGUCAGACGUAACAGCUGUUGGGUAUGGAAAGAGAGUUUUUGUUUUGAAAAAUAGGGACAUCUGUGAUUUGAGAAUUAAAUAAUGAAUUCUUGGUUUUAAGACCUGAAAUUCCCUAUUUCGUUUGGGUGAAAUUAUAUCCAAAUGAAAUGCCUGCAUUUGUCUUAUUUAUUGUAAGUUUUUAAAUGUAUAAUUUGUCUUAUUUCUUAACCUCUUUUAUAUAUAAAAGAUCUAGAAGGUUUAUAUUGCCUUCCUGCUUUCAAGCAAUUGGUCAAAAAUAUAUGUAAUCGUCUUAAUUAAAAAACGAGCAAAAACCCACAAAAAGAAGAAUAAAGUUGCAGUAGGUUGCUUUUAGAGUAUUAUUUUUUUGUAACGGGGAGAGAUUAUUUGUAUUGUCAUGAUGUACAGAGGUGGUAGAACUGGGGGAAUUAUGUCCAUGUCUGUGAAUGGACAGAUUACAGCUAUGCUGUAGCUGUAGAGGACUUGUACAGCAAUGAAGUUCACUGUGUCUAAAAAUAAAGAGGUACAUUGUCGUAUAUAGUAUUUUAUACCACACAUUUAGACACGAAAACGCAAUAUAUAAAUAAUUAUAUAUGAACGUCGCGCCAGCCUCAGUCAGCGUGGCUCCUGUUUUAGGAAUAAAGUGAGUUAACUCAA